UCCUUCGGGCCAGCUGAUUCCAUCUGGCCAACACCAAAGCCUACCCUACGUUGAGCAUCAGCAGGAAAGGAUCUGAACUUGUCUGCCUUCAUCCAGUAGAUGGAGAGGUCCCUGGAGUUGGCCAACAUGACUAGAGUUCAGCAGUUCAUCUUGCUGGGAUUGUCCACUAGGUUGGACAUAAGGGAUGCUCUAUUUGCUGUCUUCCUGACUCUCUACCUGAUGACACUUCUGGAGAACACACUCAUCAUCUACCUCAUCUGUAGUCACAGUGAGCUCCACAAGCCCAUGUACUUCUUCCUGGGCAACCUCAGCUGCCUUGAGAUGUGCUAUGUGUCAGUCACCAUGCCCAGCUUGCUCAUGGGUCUGUGGAAUGGAAUCUAUCAUAUUUCCUUCAUAGCCUGUAUGACCCAACUCUUCUUCUUCAUUGUCCUUGUAGGCACAGAGUGUAUCCUUCUGGCUUCUAUGGCUUAUGACCGCUAUGUGGCCAUCUGCCGCCCAUUACACUAUCCACUACUCAUGAGGCCCCAGGUCUGUCUGGGCUUGGCUGUGACUUCAUGGCUGGGUGGGCUACUGGUCUCUAUGGUCAAGACCACAUGCAUUGCCACCCUGUCCUACUGUGGCCCCAAUGUCCUCAACCAUUUCUUCUGUGAUGUUUCCCCAUUACUCAACCUGUCAUGUACCCAUGUGGCCCUCACAGAACUGGUAGACUUCAUCUCAGCUAUUGUCAUCCUCUGGGGCUGCUUCCUCGUGACUAUGGCCUCCUAUGUGGCCAUUGGUAGGACAGUUCUGGCCAUGCCUUCUACCACUGCCCGCUACAAGGCCUUCUCCACCUGUGCCUCCCAUCUGGUAGUAGUAGGCAUUUUCUACUCAGCCACUAUCUUCAUCUAUGCCCGUCCUAAACGAUUAGAAGCCAUGGACCUCAACAAGAUGCUGUCUGUCAUCUACACAGUGGUCACCCCCAUGUGCAACCCAGUCAUCUACUGUCUGAGGAACAAGGAGGUCCAAGUAGCUUUCUACAAAACCAUGCACUGGUCCUGA